CAAUGAUGCCAACCUGACUCACGCCUUUGAGGACCUUACUGACCGGGAGAACCCCAAUUUCCGUUAUAUGUAUUAAAGGCGGAACAAAAGGGUCGGUUUGCCUUGCGUGAGUAAUUGGGAGCACCAAGCUUGUAUACGAGAGUAGCAAUAUGGUGUCCCCAUUAGGUGGCCCAGUAGGCUAGGUUGAUGAUGAAUGAAUCGGGUGAAAUUUAACCAGAGGCUCAGCCAGUCGAGACUCCAUACCACUGGUCGCAGGCUUGACGCAUAUCGGCCUGCCGUGAGAGGUCUGUAGCUCCGAAUAAAUACCACCUUCACACAACGAGGCAUAGGGGUGGGAAUGAUAUGGAUUAAUUUAGUACCAGCAUGAAGCUCACUUCCAAUCUCCCACCGUCACCUUGACCGAACUUCCUAGAAGCCUCGAUCAAGAAGCAUUCCAACCAUGGAUUACCGGUCUGAUCAUUCGCGCUCACCUACGCCGCCGUCGCGGUAUUCCCGCCGCUAUUCAAGUGCAUCGCCACCUCCCUCUCAAGCUAAUAAUAAUGGCAACUAUCGCUCUCCCGGGAGUCGAAGUCGAAGUCGCACUCGGAGCCGGAGCCGGAGCCCUAGUCGCGGCCGCGGUGAAAGUCGCAGUCCUCUCAGAGGAAGCACCAAGAUUGUUGUCGAGAAGCUAUCUAAGACGAUCAACGAAGAUCACUUGUACGAGAUCUUUGGUCAAUAUGGCACAAUACGCGAUCUCGAUCUGCCUAUGAGCCGCCAGUUCGGCACUAACCGUGGCACUGCCUACAUUCUCUACGUCAACGAGGCUGACGCUGAAGCUGCCAUUGCAUCCAUGCACGAGGCCAAUCUCGACGGCUCCAUUAUUAACGUUUCCAUCGUCUUUCCCCGCCGGAAAUUUGAUCCGUCUCCACCUACUGCCAGCCGAGGCGCAAACAUAGACCCCCGAGUUCCUGGGCCCGGCUUUCGAGGUGGUCCUGGCCGUGGUGCAGGUGGAGGUGGAGGAAUGGGUGGCGGAGGUGGCGGAAGAGGCUUUGGUUUCGGAGGGGGGGCUAGAGGGAAUCGUUCACCUCAGCGUCCCGGACGAUCAGCUCGUGAUAACUUUGAUACUUAUCGACCAAGGUCCUACUCUCGCUCUCGAUCGCCCCCUUCACGCCGCAACCGUAGUCGUUCAGAGUCCUACGAUUCUCGGUCACGGACGCCUCCAAGACGUCGAGGUGGGCGAAGGGACAGUCACAACGACUAUAAUGAUCAACGUGGCCGACGUCGUAGCCCAAGUUAUGAUAGUGAUCGCGGCCAUAGUCGCUCACGCACGCCAGAAAGGUCCUACCGAUAAUUGACAAGGACUAGAAACUAAAGGAUAAGGGUUGGGAAGCAGGCAAAGAAUUUCCAUGGGUCAUCAUAAAUGUGUCCAACGUGACGUAAUACACGACCUAAGAUCUGUGGGAACCGCGAGGGUCAAAUGUUUAAGAGCAGGGGGGACGACACAAAGAUGGAGGAUGAUGCGGCAUGAAUUGGGAUUGAUUAAUGCCAUUUGUACGUGUUCCUAUUUGCGCUAUAUGGAUCCCAAAACAAUUCUCAAUCGAGAUGCAACUUACGAAGUAUGAAGAGAAACUCUAAUUAAUCACAGGUCAAGAUUUCCCCUUGUAGACCCAUAUCCAUCAAUCAGUAAAUGCGCAUGAGUCCAGUGUGUUACUAAUGUUGUCUGCGUUGGUUAACAGCAGGAAUCCUUG